CACGGGAGGAUGGUAGGCGCCGACGUCAGCAAGAACCGCGCGGUUCGCUGGCUCCCGGCGCGCACACAGUCGCGCGGGUGGGGGGGAGGACGGCUCAGCGCUGGCUCUCCACACGCGCGCGGUGCGGCGCGCCCCUCCCCCUGCCCCCGAGACACAGCAGCUCGUCAAUGCCGCCCGUCUGUCCGUCCGUUGGCUGCUCCUCACUUGACGAGGCUGAGGAGUGGGUGGGCGGGAGACAGACAGAGCGAACCAAGGAGACCGAGUCCAUCGGCGGAAUGAGAGGAGCACACCGAUAAAAAAAACCCACCCCACCCGCCGUUGUUGUCCGAACUGGGGACAAAGAGAGCGCGCUGCAGAGAAAGAGAGAAAGGAGACGGCGAGGAAGCGGGAGUAAGGUUAUGCUGAUAUUGCGCUGUAUAAACCAGAUGGAGAUACCUUUCAUCAGAUUAAAUAUUCCAGAAGCUGCUUUCAGAGGCUUGUUUAUUGAAAAAUGAAAUGGGCAUGGUUUCCCAAAGCCAUUACCCUCAGCUGAAGAGAUGUAACAGGACAGAAAGCUCCAGCUGUCAGCUCACAUUUGUAUCGAAAAUGCCUUCAUUUUUUUCUCAUGAUUCACAAUAAUCACUAGCAAGUACUUGUAUAGUAAUCUCAGCUAUACCUGGAAAGUUCUUCGGGGAUACCAUAAGUGACCCUGAAGUGUAAUGAAGCAUUGCUGAGGUUCUUUGGACGUUUGCAUGGAAGUUGCAUCAUGUGAGGCAGAGGAGCUCCCACUAUUCCAGGUUCAAUAGUUUUUCUUCAGCUUAUCAGAAAUGGCUUACUGUAAAUGGAUGCCGCUAUGGAUUAUGAACGGCCAAAUGUUGAAACCAUCAAAUGUGUCGUUGUUGGAGACAAUGCUGUAGGAAAGACACGACUUAUCUGUGCAAGAGCAUGUAAUACCACCUUAACCCAGUACCAACUACUAUCAACACAUGUCCCCACUGUAUGGGCUAUUGAUCAGUAUCGUGUUUGUCAGGAGGUCCUUGAACGUUCCCGUGAUGUUGUAGAUGAAGUUAGUAUAUCACUUAGACUGUGGGACACGUUUGGUGACCACCAUAAGGACAGGCGUUUUGCAUAUGGCAGGUCCGAUGUGGUGGUCCUAUGCUUCUCAAUUGCUAACCCCAAUUCCCUUAACCAUGUAAGAACAAUGUGGCUUCCUGAAAUCAAGCACUUUUGUCCACGAACACCAGUUGUCUUAGUUGGCUGUCAGUUGGAUUUGCGUUAUGCUGAUCUUGAAGCUGUAAAUCGUGCACGACGCCCUUUAGCAAGACCAAUAAGACCCAAUGACAUUUUACCUCCUGAGAAGGGCCGAGAGGUAGCCAAAGAACUUGGGAUCCCAUAUUACGAGACCAGCGUGUUUGAUCAAUUUGGCAUCAAGGAUGUAUUCGAUAAUGCUGUCAGAGGUGCACUGAUUUCUAGGCGGCACCUUCAGUUCUGGAAAUCUCACCUGAAGAAGGUGCAGAAGCCUUUACUCCAGGCUCCAUUCCUGCCACCUAAACCACCACCUCCAGUUAUGAAAAUUCCAGACAGUCCUGUGAGUGCUUUUAGACCAAGUCAUCUGCUCAACAAUCCACUGUGUGCUGAUGUUAUAUUUGUACUUCAGAACCAGAUUAAAAUCUAUGCUCACAAGGUAUACCUGGCUACCUCAUCAUCAAAAUUUUAUGAUCUCUUUUUGUUGGACCUAUCCGUUGACUCUCAAACAAAUGAUGAGAAACCAGUGAAAUCAGGUCAGGACCAUUUGAUGAGAACUUUGAGUCUUGACACAGAUGACGAUGGUGGUGAAGUUGGUGUUAGCUCAAUGCAUUGCACUCUAAGAGCAUCAAAGAGUGAUGGGAUUUUGAAAGUGAGCAUGCCUGAAGAUGAAUCCACUGCAGUGAAGGAAAUGCAGACAGGAAAACAGUUAUCUUCAUGGAGCAAGGCCUUUACUUACAUUCAUGAGGAAGUCUUGGAGAACCCUGUAACAAAAAGGACAGGUCUUAUUACUGUGGUUAGGAUGGACCAAUCAAUCCAGCCAGGACCCUAUGAAGCUGUAUUACGAUUCCUUUACACAGGAGAGUUGGAUGAAAAUGAGAAAGACCUGAUGAGAAUUGCACAAAUAGCAGAGAUUUUGGAAGUUUUUGAUUUGCGUAUGAUGGUUGAAAAUAUUCAAAAUAAAGAAGCCUUUAUGAAUCAGGAGAUCACAAAAGCAUUUCAUGUCAGGAAAGCAAACCGAAUAAAAGAAUGCUUAGCGAAGGGAACUUUUUCUGAUGUAACUCUUAAAUUAGAUGAUGGGAGUAUAAAUGGCCAUAAGUCUCUGCUAAUUUCCAGUUGUGAAUGGAUGGCAGCUAUGUUUGGAGGAUCUUUCCUGGAGAGUUCCACCAAAGAGGUCUACUUCCCCAGUACAAGCAAGGCUUGUAUGCAAGCAAUUCUGGAGUACCUGUACACCAGCCAAUUCUCAUUCAAUUCACAGCUUGAUCCAAUUGAGUUAAUUGCCCUGGCAAACAGGCUGUGCCUUCCACGUUUUGUGGCUCUGACAGAACAAUAUGCUGUGGAGGAUUUGCUAAAAGCUGAAAAGGAAGCUGUUGAUAUUGAUGGAGAAGUGUUAAUGUACCUGGAACUUGCCCAGUUUCAUAAUGCACAUCAACUGGCAGCUUGGUGUUUGCAUCACAUCUGUACGAGUUACAACAGUGUUUGCUGCAAGUUCAGGAAAGAGAUAAAGGCAAUAUCUCCUGAGAACCAAGAGUAUUUUGAGAAGCACCGUUGGCCGCCUGUGUGGUACCUUAAAGAAGAAGACCAUUACCAGCGAGUGAAAAAGGAACGGGAGAGAGAUGAGGUUGCCCUUCAUAAGCAUCACUCAAAACGCAGAUGGUGCUUCUGGCACCAUUCUGCUGUUGCCUAAAACCUCUUAGAAACUAAUUCUAGGAAUUAACCAGAACAUCCUGUGCAUUAUUAGCUAGAUUUAAAACAACACACAAUGUAUUUGUCUUAAUUCUUGUUUACUGUAUUAAAAGAAAGGCUAUCUUGGGAUAAUUGGCCAUGUGUGUUUAAACAAUCGUCAUUAUGUUUGAAGCACAACCUUUUGUUGAAAAAGUAUGCUUGCUAUAGCAAACUGAUCCCCGUGUGGUGCCUAUAGAUUGGUUUUAAACACUUUUAAUAUAGAUAACUGCCAACAGUGACUCUUUUGUUCUGAAAAGAAUGACCACUAUUGGGUUUUAAUUUGAAAUAAAAUAUUUAAUUAUUUUUGUACAGGUGUUGGCUAUAUACCUUUGUGGUAACCAAAGUAGAGAUGGUCGUAAUAUAGAUUUUAGAAAACUUGUAUACUUAGAAGGGCUUAGAAACUAAUCCAUGAAAAGUGGCUUAUGUCUUUAUGGGCCUACACAUACACAGGUAAUUUGGAGCAGUUUACUGCUCUUGCUAUAUGCAUCUUUCUAGUCAUGCUGCUUUAUCAUGAAAGUUAUUAUUGCUACACAGUUACUGUAUAUCCCAAAUCUUAACUCUUGAAUUAAUUUAACGAUAAAUUUACUUAAAGUAAAUUUUUGAAAUGUUAGAAAUAGCUUCAGUUGGUCUGUUUUGAGCAGUGGGGAAAGUAAUGUACUAAAGUUCUGAUUGACCUCAUUUUUGCCAAAAGUUUUCUGCGUGUAAUGAUAUUACAGUAUGUAAUACAACAUCGACCUAUUGUGAAUUUCAGCUGCUGACACCAAGUGGCUGGUUCAUUUGGUUGCAGUUCUUUUAGCCUUCGACCUUUGUGCUCAUUAUCUUUCACUUAUUUUGCAUCAAUAAAUUAAAUAAAUGUUGUGACUGUUUCAUGGUAGAAUUGUAGGGUGAUUGACAACUUUGUAUUGAGAAACUAAAAUGUUUCUUAUGUAGUUUCCAUACUAUAUACAGUGAAUAUAUUCCACAAGUUACUUUUGCUCUGUAAAUUCCAUAAGUUGAAAAGAUUAAUUUGUUCAUGUACUGUCUUCUGAAGUACUUCACAAUAUACAUAAAAUGACGUUAUUUGAUUUGUUUGUUGGAAUAAUUGCAGGCCUAAUACGAUGCUGCCAACACACUGAAUAUUGGUGUUUAGAUCAUAUUGCUGAAUGCUCAACUUAAAAAAAAAACUGAUAAUAUAAUGCCAGCUUUGUUUGUUCAAUAGUUUUCCUUAUCUAUAGAUUGUGAUCUGAAAUAAGUGCAUUAUGUUUUAUUAAAUUGACAAUAGCUCACUUGGCUCACCUCUUGAGUCUACAUGCUGUGAAAUCAGGCCCUAAUCCAAAGAUUUGACUAUACUAUCUGAGUUGCCAUUUCAUUGCAGUAUUGAAAUGCUGCUUCAGUGGAGUUGCUGUAUCCAAAAGACUGCAGUCUCCUAUUGUCUGUGUGUAUUUCUUCUCAAAAUGGUUCUACUGCAUCCCCAUUUCUGGGCAUGGAGUUGGAGGACAGUUGCAGUGAGAGGCAAGAAGAAUGCAUGUAGAAACAGUGUAAACUUAAAACAAGACAAUAACUGUGCUUAUAGGUAUAAAAACAAAGUUGGCUAGAUAUUGGAUUGUGUAGCACCGAUUUUUUUUAAGUACUGGACUGUGAUUUCAAUUUCAAUAUUUUUGGGAAUAAAUCACAAAAACACUUUUAAUCUGCAAGAAUUGUGUGGUACAUAAA